GUGUUUCAGAAGGACUCCUCUCCUUCUCCCUGAUAAGGAAACAUGCUAGGACCCUGUUGGAUUUGUCUUUUUCAAUGGAUUAAAACAUAACUCAGCCUCUGCAAGGUGACACCUGCCUGACCCAGCCCCACUGAGGCAGCGGGCACUCCCAGCAUCCCUGCUAGCCUACAGCCUUCUCCUAGGGCCACACCUCCCCAGCUGAGUAUUGCCAAAGGUAAUCCAUUAACAGGGAACUCAAGCUGUCCCCUGAUCAUCUGGACCCAUUAGAACAAGCUCCUGUUUAGGAUUAGAACAAGUUCCUGCUUAGGAUUUGGAGUGGUCCUGUGGUUCCAAAGUGGAACUUCAGUUUCUAAGUUUGGCCUAAAAUCAGCUAAGGUGUGCAGUCUGGGGAAGUCCUGUAGCCCAGUGAUGAACAUGGUGUAGGGUUUUUUCAAAAAUGUAGGAACAGUCCAUCCCUCUUGCCUAGCUGUGUAAUUUUUUGUCCUAACACUGCCGCAUGGGAGCUGGAGACUCUGAAGCGGAAUGAAGGCCCCAUGUGCCAGGUGGAAGAUAAGAGCUAAUCCCUACUUUGAAAAAACCAUCAUCUGCAUAAGCAAGAUGGAUGCAGCCAAGUCCCAUCCCAUCUUCUGAGUGCAGAUCUAAGCACACAGCUUAGCUGAUUUCCCUGCUGGCAUGUCCUGAGCCUCGGUUCCCCCAGGAUGCCUAAAUUCCCCAAUCAGCUGUUCCCCUAUGUUAAAGAGAUGGAUUUAACCCAAAAGGGCUGGCUAGAUCCUGAAAACCAAUCAUGCAGCCCACUGUUCCUCAAUAGCCCAAGGGGAGAACAAGUCACCUGCUGCCAAAUAUUUAUUGUCAGGAAUAUGAGGGCCCUGUUUCUGCUGGGGGGAUUCUGCCUAAGUCUUCAGUUGUGCCUUGUGUACUGAACAUUACAUCCCAGUGGGAGCAAUCACAGCCUUGAUCUUGGCCAAGAACAGGAGAAGCCAAGAGCCAGAACUGCCCAUCCAUGCUUUUCCAGCAGGGAGCAAAGCACACACCCUGUCCUAGGAGCGGUUUGAAUGCUGCCCCACACUAUCUUGCCCAGAAAGUCCUCAGAUUUACUUCAGCCCCACUGUUUACUGUGCCAUCUCUACAGAACUCCAUGCACAUGACAAUUUAGCUCUUCAUUAAAUGUCUCCAUUGGUACAAAAAAAAAAAAUCAAAUUUUUCAUUACAUGCCCCCUUAAGUAGUAGGGGGCUUGGCAAUGACCCCAGGGCUGUCUUCAUGGACCAGACCCUUCUCCAAUUCUGCUUAGGGCUUUACCAAAGCCCAUUAACACAAUGGCUUCCUUCUCCUGCCCAAGGAGAGGGAAGAUGAGACCCCUCAUUUAUGGAGAUGACUUGCUCAUCUGGUUAGCUCAGCAAUUUGUUCAUUUGGGAAACUAUUUUUACUCACCAUGAAUGACUAAGCACAUCGUUUUGGGGGCUGAUGGCUUUUCCUUUUUCCGCUCUUUCUUGGAUUUAUUUAUUUUUAGGUUUCUUUGGGAGGGAAGGGAAGCGGAGUGCAGAAUGAAAGCUCAGAGAACAGGAGACAGAGAUCAAGGGAGAGUGGGAAGCUUGGAUUUACCCCUCCCAGUCUCAGGCUGCCUUACUGCUUAUGGAACAUAGCAAUCCACUGAGCAAUUUUAUUGGGGUAAUAGGAAAGGAGCAUUCAGGAGGCUGUGGACUUUGUCAUUCAGAAAUAAAAUAAAAAAUAAAAAAAAAUAAAAAAAGCAGGGUCGGGUUCUGCUAAUGGUUUCUGAAGAGCCUGAGUAGGAUUUGAAGGGAAGGUUUUCUCACAGGUCUUACAGCACUUGAUUAUGCUACAGCCCACGUCUCUAACGUGAUUAGGGAAGAAUUGCUUUGGGGCAGCAAGCAUUCUUCUGUUCUGUUUGUCCUGUGCUUAGCACAAGGGGAAGCCAGCCUUGAUGCCACAGUAAUGCAGGCGAUUAUUCAUACCCACCCCACCUUUUAUUUGAAAGGAAAGUAGUCCUAGACCAUAUGGUUGAGGGUAUGCAUGACCUUUGAAGAUGCCCAGGAAGUUGGAGGAGGGUUAAAAUAAUGUAGAAUAUUGAGGGGUUUUAUUCCUUCAAUUUUUUAUGUCAGUUCCCUGGGGUCACAUGAAUGGUUGUUGAACCAGUGAUGCUGCAUAUAUGCCACUGUGGUCCAUGUAAUAAACUUCUCACCACUCACACUUAACACUGAGGAAGAUGAUGAAUCACUCACCCAAAGACCAAAAAAUGCUCUGCAAACUGUAGGGAUGACCUGGUACCUGGAGAAGAGGAAAAGCAGCCGUUCAACCUCCCUGGCCUUUCAGUCCUAUUCAUACCAGGGAAUGUGACUGUCUGUUGAUCUCACAUUCCCCUACACCACCCUGCUGCCUCCUCUUGCCUGCUCCAAACCUCCUCUGACCUUUUUCUCUGCUCACCCUCCAUCCCUGCCUGACAUCAAGAAGAGGAGCAGCCUUACCCACACAACUUUCCCCAGACAAACGAACAGCAGGCUCAUCAGUAGCUCCAGUCUGCAUCCACGGGGUUUCAUUGUUCCUCCUGAGCCUGCAGGGAGGAUGCUCUGCACAGCUGAGUUUGUCCAAACCCCUUAGAAAAGCUGACGACAGCUGGCCAUGGCUCUGCCUCUCCUGCAAACCUCUUAAUCCCACAGGAGCAUCACUCUCACCCUAGCACUGCCUCUGUCUCUUAGCAGCUUCUUGGAGAGAGAUCUGGAUCUCAUCACAGGCAGCUGUAGCACUAAUAAAACCUUCUUUACUUUGGCAGGACACAACACCACUCCAGCAGCGAUAAAUCCUGAACCAGAGGGCAAUUUGUCCUUUUUUAACCAAUGCAGGCUGCAGCAGGAUUAAGUUGGUCUCAUGGAAACUGGACCUCCUCCAGUCUCAGAGACCUGUAGAUGUGCAAGAAGUUCCCCCACAUCAGGGAUGAACCACAGGGAUGAGCACAGGUGUUCUGGGGAUUUCUCUGCUCCCCUUCCCCAGCGCCGCAGCUGAACUGCUUGCUGCAACAAGGCCACCUGCACCAGGCUAUGUCACUGCGGGGUGACACGGCUGUCCUUGUGUCCUCACCCUCCCUGUGCAUCCUCCUGAAUGACCUGCAAGCUGUCCCUGCACGGCACCAGCUGCUCUCCAUCAUCAUGUCCCUGGGGGGACUCUACCGCAGCACCCUAGAGCUGGGAUUCCGUGCAGCUUCCAGAGUGCUAGCAAUGGGAGGCAGCAAGCACAUCCCUGACCCUGUGCUAAGCCUGGGCACAGCCAAACCCACCCGGGCUUGACCAGCCCUUGUGACACCCCCACCCCCCUCCCCUAAAGCAUCCGUGCAUCCCGCUGCCGGAGUGCUCCCGCCCCUGCCUGCGCUGGGAUUUGCUCCAUGCCAGCAGGAUCUGUUACCUCACACACAGGAUUUAUCCCCCUUCCAUUCAUCCCCUGGCGACCAGAGCCCGUUUUUCCCCACAGCAUUGCAUCACCACCACCUCCCCUUGUUAAUUCCGGUCGUCCCCACGCACUCCCGCCACGCUUAUUUCGGUUUUUCACCCAGGUCCAUAGCGGUGAACUCGCAAACAGGGCUGCAGCGAGUCCCCGCUGCAAAUGUGUCUGUGGGUGACACUGGGGAGAGCAGGGCCGAGCAUCCCCUUCUGCUGCUCGGGGAAGCCGCUGGGCCGGGGCCCAGGAGAUGCCCUUCUCCAGCGGGGCGCUACCAGGAUGCUCCAAGCAGGAGGUGACGUCCCAGUGGGGGGGACACGAGGAGAAGGACUGAGACACAGAGGAGCUCUCCUGCCUGAAGCAUGUUCGGGGGGAGACAGGGGGCUGCAGGCUGACCUUCCCAUCCCCUGACUCCCUGCCUGCCCAUCCCUAGUCCAUGGGUGCCCCCCUCCCCGCCCUCCCCUCCUCCUUCAACUCCAGCGCCGAGGAAGCCGAGCCGGAGGCAGUGCUGAGCCGGAUAUGCAGCGACUCCCCGCAUCCCUCCUUGGCAGAGCGCGGUGACGCCGCGGCAGCCACCACGGAGAGGACACAGGACCCCCCCCUGGGCCCACCAUGCCCCUUUGAGGGGGUGGCCUGGACCCCCAGACCCCCGCAGGGCCCCCCGCAGGGCUGCUUCGCCUGCAUCGCCAAGCCCCCAGCUCUCCGGCAAGCUUCGCCCGUCCUGUCUCCUUCUUCUGCCGUUUAUCUCAUGGAGAGCAAGAGCUGCAAAGGGGACAGCCUGCGGCCAGCGGUCCCGUGCAAGCACUCGGUGGAGAAGAAGACGAUGACCAACCCCACCACUGUCAUCGAGAUCUACCCCGACACCACCGAGGUGAACGACUACUAUCUCUGGUCCAUCUUCAACUUUGUAUACCUCAACUUCUGCUGCCUUGGCUUCAUCGCCUUGGCCUAUUCACUGAAAGUCCGGGAUAAGAAACUCCUCAAUGACUUAAAUGGAGCAGUUGAAGAUGCCAAGACAGCCCGGCUUUUUAACAUCACCAGCUCAGCCCUUGCCACCUUCUGUAUCAUCCUUAUCUUCAUCUUCCUGCGAUACCCUCUCACUGACUACUGAGUGAGGCCAACAGCAGCUGCUGCCGCCAAAAUGCCUCUAUGCCAGAAGUGUCUGCAGUUUCUUGUAGCAAGGACACCCAAAGCAAGCCAACCACUACACCUUGAUUGCCAAAAAAAAAAAGUCAAUUAAAUACAUAAAUAAAUGUUAAAUUAGUUUAUCAGCCCAGCUGAGCAUACCUUUCUUGCCCUGAAAUGGUAUGUGAACAGCUGAAGGAAAGGGUCUCGCUCUUACACACGUACAGGAAGACAAAUAGACCAAGAAAUAUUUGUUUUAUGACCAACAAGCUGUGUGAAAAGAGCAUGUAAAGCCCAGAGCUGCACACACUUAGUGGCAGACAGCUGAGCUCUAGGAAGCAGUGGGGUCCCGUGGAGCUGGAGACACAUACAGUGAUGGAUGGGGAUCGUGGCAGGGCUGGCUUACGACAUAUCAGGUGUGUUCAGACCGCCCCACCACCCCCAGCUUGUGGGGAUUUAUUUUCCUUUUCUUUUCUCUUGAAUUUCAUCCACUGGUUCAAACAACUCCCAACCCCUGGAGAGCUGAAGGUGUUAGGAAGUUUAUGCUGGGGAGCCCCAAAGCCUCCAGAGAAACCCCAAAGUGUUAAAGGGCAGGUUUCUCCUUAGGAUCUCCCAGCAGUGCUGAGAAGGAAGGCACCUUCUGGAGAACUCGCCUAAACCACCUAAUUGGAGUGCUACUGUAUUUCUGUAAACAGUCAAUAAAAAGAUACCUCUGACAUGUGA